GCCGUCAGCUGCACAGCCGGAAAUUCCUUGUGUUGAUUAUCGGGGUGUUUGUUUGUCGGCCUGUUUCUUCACUGUUUUCGUCUAUUUUCUGUUCUCACUUGGUUUAUUGAAUUUUGACACAUCAACGCAAACACCACUGGUGUUCGACGGAAAAGUAUCAUAUAGAAACGCGAUUAUUGUCUCAACUGUAGUCGGCCCCUAGUCUGGGCUAACGUUAGCCUAGCAUUUAGUGAAGUCCUGCUAGCUAGCGUUAGCUUGCUUUAGCUGUCACCCUAGCUGGCCUGAAAAAGACAGCCGGUUACUCACACACAACAUUGACAAGAACGGUACAAACACACACGCGGAAACAAUGGCAGUUGUCAAUGAAGGUGCCCUGAAGAAAAUGCUGAAGCAAUACAAAUACAGAGAUCUUUCUGUACGUGAGAUAACCAAUGUCAUCUCACAGUACAAGGACUUGAAGCCAGUUAUGGAUGCUUAUGUGUUUAAUGAUGGCUCCACAAGAGAUCUGAUGAGCUUGACUGGGACAGUACCAGUGAGCUACAGAGGCAAUGUCUACAACAUCCCAGUGUGUCUGUGGUUGCUAGACACAUAUCCCUUCAACCCCCCCAUAUGUUUUGUCAAACCUACCAGUGCCAUGAUGAUCAAAACGGGCAAGCACAUUGAUGCAAAUGGAAAGAUCUACCUGCCUUAUCUACAUGAGUGGAAGCAUCCUCAGUCAGACCUAUAUGGCCUCAUUCAGGUGAUGAUUGUGGUGUUUGGAGAGGAGCCCCCUGUGUUUUCGCGUCCCACUACACAAGCCCCCUACCAGUCCUUCCAAGCAACUGGACCGCCAAAUCCUUCCUACAUGCCUGGCAUGCCUGCUGUGUCAACCUACGGCGCAAACCCUAACCCUGGAGGCUAUCCUGGAUACCAGUACCCAGGGAGCAACUCUUACACAGCCGCUGGAGGCCCUGCACACUACCCCACCCAGACUCCAGUCUCCACAGUUGGUCCAAGUCGGGAUGGCACCAUUGGUGAGGACACCAUCCGUGCAUCUCUCAUUUCAGCAGUCAGUGACAAGCUUCGCUGGAGGAUGAAGGAGGAGAUGGACAGAGCUCAGGCUGAGCUGGACGCUCUGAAGCGAACAGAGGAAGACCUGAAGAAAGGACAUCAGAAAUUAGAGGAGAUGGUCUCAAGACUGGACCAAGAAGUGACUGAGGUGGACAGAAAUAUCGAGCUGCUCAAGAGAAAGGACGAUGAGCUGAGCGAGGCUCUGGAGAAGAUGGAGAACCAGUCGGAGAACAAUGACAUUGAUGAUGUCAUUGUGCCAACCGCGCCGCUUUACAAACAGAUCCUAAACCUGUAUGCUGAGGAGAACGCCAUUGAGGACACUAUCUUCUACCUGGGAGAGGCUCUCCGCAGGGGCGUCAUAGACCUGGAGGUUUUCCUUAAGCACGUACGUCUUCUGUCCAGGAAGCAGUUCCAGCUUCGAGCCCUCAUGCAGAAAGCCCGCAAGACUGCUGGCCUCAGUGAUCUCUAUUGACCUCCACACUGACUAACUGGAAGCUCUCAUAUCUCCAUUCUCUCCUCUACUCCCUUUCAACUGUUUUACUCCCUUUUUAAUUUCUUCUUGUAUUUCAAACUGCUGCUCGUUUUCUUUUCUCUCUCUUUUUUUUUAAAUCUCUGCGACUAUAAAUCUGAGCAGUCGGACCAUCUCGUUCACCACAGGAACGUUUCAUACUGAGUGGCCACAGUUGUAGUGACAAUUUGUAUUUUGAUGUGAACAAAAAAAUGUCUUUAAGAUUAUUAUACAUCAACAAUCAUCACCCAGACACAAAAAAAUCAUUUGUUACAUUUGUGGCCCUUUACAGUGUACACAUAUAUGUGUGUAUAUAUAUGGAAAAACACUUGUUUUGUGUAACAGGUACUGGGGUAGACAUGAAAGCCUGCACAUGCCAUACUGGUGAAAGUGAGGUGUUGUGACUGUGUGUAAAGAAUGCGACAUGUGGACUGAGCGUUUGUGGCGUCGCUGGGUUAUGAGUUGGUGUGUGGACCUGUAUAUUGCUGCAGUGCAGGGUGGCCCCACAGGUUCUGUUCACAACCCCCUUUUGUCAGACAAAGUAAUUUGGUUAGUAAGCACAAAUUGUCAGGGGUGAGUAGAGAGGGGCUUUGUAGAGAGCCUCAUUUGUCCAGAGCUCCACAUCCCUCAAAGUGAAAAGGUUAGGCUCUGAUAUAAAUACCCAGAGUAACCUUUUGGUAAGGACAGGAGUUCAGACUCAGGAUUAAAUGCUGUGUGUGAGGUCUGAGUCAUAUUCAGUAGCCAUGAAUCUCAAUUCAUACAGUAGAAGUGAAGAUAACCGUGGACCUGAACUGUGUCUCUGUUCCUGAUCACUUUUAUUCUCCCCCUGAUCUGUUUGUUUUCACAGCAGCGUGAAUGAGGUGCUUUCAUCUUGUGUCAGCUGCUCAGGUUUACUUUCUGACUGCUCUAACCAGCCAGUCACGUACAGUGGUCGUUUAACUCUGUACACUCUCUAAUUCAUGCUGGUAGCAGUCGUGACAUACUUGCAUCUAAAAAGUAUUACAAAGAAAAAUUAAUUAUUUUCUUUUUUUACUUUUCUAUUUUCCUUGUCCUGGCCACUUAUGUCCAGUUUUCAGCAAAACGUUGUGAAUAGAACCAGAGUGUUGGAGAAGGGAAAAAUAAAAUAAAGGACGAUAGUACUAAUCAAAAAAGGUUAACUUAUGUAAAGUUUAAAACCAGGUCUCAUUUAAAUUAGCCUUUUACUAAAUGCACUUUGAAAUGUAUGAUAGGUUAUCUGCUGUUUGUUUUUUUCUUGUUUCCAAAUCAACCACCUGUUCUUUUAUAUCUGUAGAUUUAUGUAAAUCAGUGCAAAUAAAGUAAAUCUGAUUUAA